ACGGCCCAUCCAUUCCUUCGCGCACGCAACGCAAAAACAAGCACAAACACGCGCGAUCCGAUCUGGGCCGGCCAAGCAGCCACCCAUCCAUGGCGACUAGGGUUUGGCUCACCGCCCUCCUGCUUGGUUUCCUCGUCGCCGCCUCCCCCUUCACCGGCCGAGGUAACAGCAGCGCGCCGGUGCCCCCCCCCCCCCCCCCCCCCCCCCCCCCCCCCCCUCUCUCCUCCCUCGCUUCCCGCCACUCAGAUCCGCCCCGCUAGUCGUGAAUUCCGGCGCUAGAUCUGUGCGCGCCGCUUCUCCGGCGCGCGGAAAUGGAGAUGAUCGGGCUCGGCUGGGCUGCGGUGGAUUGGGGCGUGCUCGGUUGGGGGUACAUCGGUGGUUUCGAAAGGGUUUGGAAGCGUUGGUCGGAUGUGUAGAAUGGGUCUUGGGGAGCUUUAGUUGGCAGAGUUUUGGGAAAUCUUAUGUGAUGCGGCCCACUUAAUUGCGUAUCGCGUGUAUCUGCAUUUGCAUGUUAAUAGCUAAUCGUCUGAGGACUGGGCUGUUAUUUGACUUUUCCCAAUUUUUAUCGGUUAGAUUUCAUGGUCUAAAAGCAGUCUGUAACUUUUCAGUAGGUAAAAUUUUGAAGCACAAAUCAUUACAUCAGUGCCUUUUUAGUACUCCCAUGCGACUCCAGCAAAUGCCUAUGAAAGCAGAAGCUGCAGUCGCCGUUCACAUUAGGCAAUUAACUUAAGUGGGUAGCAUGUGUUUAAGGUUUAAGUACUCAUCACGAUGGACUGCUUUCACCACAUGUCUUUUAAUCAGCUAGGAUAAGUUGUCCAUCUGUGUGCUAUCAUUGACUCGUUUUCGCAGUAUUCUUAUACCUGAAGCUCAAAGUGGGCUAAUGUUAAAAAAGCUGCUCUGUCUCUGCAAGGAUGCUUUAUCAUGUUGCUCAACCUAACAUUGUUGCUAGAGCUGAAUCCGAGGAAGAUGCUGCUGCAGCUGAGGUUGUUGAAGGGGCUGAUCUAGGUAUUGUGGGUGAUGAUACACAGGUUUCCAGUGAUGGACCUUUAAGUCCUGCUCCUGGUGUAGAGACAGUAGUUGUCUUCCCAAAAAAUGCUGGCAAAAUUGUACUAGCAGGUGAAGAAACUGAAUUACUAGUUGGUCUGCAAAAUGACGGUGAAUCAAUUUUGAAUGUUGUUGCUGUUCAUUCAACUCUCCAUCUUCCUUUUGACCACAAUAUGUAUGGCCAGAACCUUACUGUUCAGAAUUUCUUCAAUUCAUCAGUUCCUGUUUCUGUGCAAGCAACCUUCCCCUACAAGUUCGUUGUGAGCAAGUUCUUGCAGCCUGGAGCAUAUGAUCUGGUUGGUUACAUAGUGUAUGAGAUCGACCAGCACCCUUACCAGAAUGUAUUCUACAAUGGCACUAUCGAGGUUGUUGAGGCUGGAGGCUUACUCAGUGUUGAGUCUGUGUUCCUCAUCACCCUUGGAUUUGCACUUCUUGGUCUGUUUGGAUUGUGGGCAUAUGGCCAGGUUCAGCAGCUCUCGAAGAAAACAAAGAAGGCACCCAAGGUGGAGCUCGGAACUGGAACAACUGAUGCCAACAUCGAUGAGUGGCUGGAGGGCACUUCGUUUGUGCAGAGAAGCAAAUCCAAGAAGAAGCAGACCUGAGGCUCUCCAGGCUAGUUAAAUCCUUUUGAGGAUCUAGAAUGAGACAUUUGAGGGUAGCCCUUCACAAGUGACUUUUGCAGAAAGAUAGAUGCGUAAGGAGGUGCUGAAAACCGUAAACAUCUUCGUUGACAUUUUCGACCUUGUGUACUUUACAUGGAACAAAAUUUUGUUAAAAGAAAGUAUAUGCUGUUGCCGCUGUGGUUUCUGAUCUUA